UAAUGGUACAUUUCUUUAAAACAUAAUUCUGAGAUAUUGUUGUGUGAAAUUUGCAAAGGAGGAAACAAAAUUCUGGUACAAUGGAGGUUGCAAAGCAACAUAUUGAAGAAAUAAGAAAAAACACCUUCGAAAUUGGUGUGAGAAAAAACCCUUUAAGGCAAAUGUUACGAGAAGCUGUUAAGAAUCUCUCUGCUGCUUUAUACUCAAAAGAUGUUCAUUUCUUGAUGGAACUUAUUCAGAAUGCUGAAGAUAAUGAGUAUCCGCAAGGAGUUGAUCCAACCUUGGAGUUCUUGAUAACAUCUCGGGAUAUAACAGCCACAGGGGCUCCGGCUACAUUGUUGAUUUUCAAUAAUGAGAAGGGAUUUUCUAAGGGAAAUAUGGAAUCCAUUUGCAGUGUUGGUACUUCUACCAAGGCUGGCAAACGCAAAAAUGGUUAUAUUGGAGAAAAAGGAAUUGGGUUCAAAAGCGUGUUUCUACUGACAGCUCAUCCCUAUAUCUUUAGUAAUGGCUAUCAAAUUCGUUUCAGUGAAGCACCAUGUCCUCAAUGUGAUGUAGCCUACAUAGUACCUGAGUGGGUUGAAUAUCCCUCAGUGGCUGAUAUCCAGCAAGUGUAUGGCAGUAAUAGAGCCCUUCCGACUACUACACUGAUACUGCCUUUGAAGGGUGAUAAAGUGAAAGCUGUGAAGGAGCAGCUUUCAAGUAUCCAUCCUGAGUUACUCUUGUUUCUCUCAAAAAUCAAGCGUCUUUCAGUGAAAGAGCACAGUGAGGAUCCAAAACUCAACAUCAUACGAGCUGUUUCCAUUUCUUCUGAAACGGAUUUCAAAUCAAAGAAGGAUAUUGAUGCUGAGUCGUAUACAGUACAUUUGAUGGCAGAAGAAGAAGGUAGUCCUGACAGCGAUGGUGAAUGUGGCUACUAUAUGUGGAGGCAGAAGUUUCGUGUCAAGGAUGAAAACAAGGUUGAAAAGAGGAAGGAACUCGAGGAGUGGUCUAUUACAUUGGCCUUUCCAUUUGGCAAGCGUCUGAAUAGAGGAAUGAUAUCUCCCGGAAUCUAUGCAUAUCUUCCGACUGAGACAGUUACAAAUUUGCCUUUCAUAAUUCAGGCAGAUUUCCUUCUUCCAUCAUCUCGUGAGACUAUUUUGUGGGAUGACAUAUGGAACCAAGGGAUUCUAGACUGCAUUCCUUCUGCUUUUGUCAAUGCAUUUGUUGCUCUUGUCAAGACGAGGGAAGAUGCGCCUACCUCUUCUCUGGCAUCCAUGUUUGCUUUCUUGCCGGUCAAAGACGCAUGUCACCCAAAGUUAGAUGCAAUCAGGAAUUCAAUCAAAAGGAGACUGCUUCUGGAAAAUAUUAUUCCAUCUGAGUCGCAUUCUGACCAGAAAAUUUUCCAUAAACCUCAAGAAGUUGCCCGGUUGAACCAAUCUUUCUGGAAGAUAUUGUUGAAGGCAAAGCAGAAAGGGAUGAAAUUGCACAAUCUUUCAUCUCUAGGAAAGCAUAUAUUGCAUUCUUCUUUCGAUGUAGACAGGUACAACGAUGUGCUUAGCUUCCUUGGUGUGAAGCCCGUUGACACAGAGUGGUACCCAAAGUGCAUCCAGAGUUGUAAUCUUGUCAUGGGAGUUGGGGAAGAGAUCUAUAUUGAGUUGCUUCAAUUUCUUGCGCGGUAUUGGUCAAGUUUUGCUACGGCUAAUAUGGUAAGUAUACCCCUACUGAAGUAUGUAGGUGAUUCUGGGUAUGUAUCUCUUCUUAGCAUAAAUGAAGCUACUCAGACAAGUGGUCUACGUUUGUGUCGAUCUCAAGAAGCACAACAUAUUUCAUGGAUGAUAGACUGGAGUAAAGAAUUUAGAUCUGCUGCAAGACUAGUUUUCUUACCCGAGAAAACGCAAAGGGCCAUCUUAGGAGUGAAAGAUGUACUUACCUGGUUGAAUGACUAUGUGAAUGUUAAUACUUUUCGCAUGGAUGAAUUUGCAAAAGAGCUUCACCACUCAGUGGGAAACAACUGCAGAAUGGUAUUUGUUUUUGCACAUUUUCUACAUCACACAUCUUCCAAUGGAUUUUUGAAUGAGAUACAGUUACGACAAUUAAGUGAUUGCAUGCCACUAGUGAACAAUUUCAGAGGUGUAUCUGUAAGAAGAAAGGGUGUACUAGUUCCUGCCAACGGGAGCAAAUGGGUGAAUCUGAUAGGUGGUUCCAAUUUUUGGAGGGAUCAAGAUUAUGUGGUACUAUCUGAUGAAUAUUUGCAUUCUGCGCGAUAUGCUGGUUAUUUUACUCCGGAAAAGAAACUGAUGGAGCUCCUCAAAAGAUAUGCCGGUGCCUCUGAUAUUCCUGACGCAUGUCCUCCAGAUGCUGCCUUCCCUACUGUAAAUGGGCCAUUGAACAAAGAAAAUGUUUUCUUGAUGUUGGAUUGGAUUAAGAAGAUAAGAUAUAAAGGAAUCAGAAUGCCUGAUAAAUUUCUGAAUUGCAUUAAGAAUGGAACCUGGUUGAGGGUAACUAUGAGUGGUCAUCCUGUUUACAAACCUCCUAAUCAAUCAUUUUUUUCGAGUUCAUCAUGGGGAAGUCUGCUGCAGAAUGGCUCCCAAAUGGUUGAUAUUCCCUUGGUUGAUCAGCAAUUCUAUGACUAUAAAUUGAAUGAGUAUCAGGAGGAGCUAAAAGCAAUAGGGGUGAUGUUUGAUUAUGGUCAAGCAUGUAAAUUCAUCGGAAAUCAUCUCAUGGCUCUGGCUACUUCUUCUAAUUUGACUAGAACCAAGGUUAUCGCGUUGCUUAAUUUUAUACAAUAUCUGAGAGAGAAAAUGUUGUCAGUGGAUGAGAUUGUCAACGCCAUCAAAAAAGUGAGAUGGGUAAAGACCUCGUGUGGUGAAAGGUCCCCGGUUGAAACUGUUCUCUUUGAUAAAAGCUGGACAUCUGCUUCAGUAUUCAGUCAGAUUCCCUUUCUUGAUGAAGAGUAUUAUGGGUGCAGUAUUCAAGAAUACAAGGUUGAGCUUGAACUACUUGGUAUUACUGUGGGUUUCAAAGGAAAGCAUCAGAAUGUGCUUAACCAUCUUAAACCUUCAGUAAGCUGGAGCACUCUAAUGCCCGCCCAUCUCAUUUUCUCUCUCAAAUGCAUCAAAAAGUGUCCUCAUGCAUCAGCAAAACUUGUGACUACAAUGAAAGAUUCUGCAUGCUUGUGCACAAGUGUCGGCUUCAAGUAUCCCCGUGAAUGUUUCUUAUUUGAUCGUGAAUGGGGAUGUAUCUUACAGAUAUUUGAGGGUUUCCCAUACAUUGACGGCAGCUUAUAUGGUGACAAAAUAUUCAAGUACAGAGAAGCAUUACAGAAAAUUGGGGUGGUGGUUGAUUUUGAUGGUGCAACUAAGGCAUUUUCUAUAGAGUUUAAGCAACGAGCAACAAUUCAACAGAUUACUGCAGAUAAUGGUCUCAAAUUCAUUUCGUGUUAUAAAGAGUUGAAGGAUACACCGUUCACCCUUCAUGCUGAUCUCAGAGCAUGUAUUCGAGAUGCUAAAUGGUUAAGAACUCGCCUUGGUGACUACAGGCCACCCAAGGAUUGCAUUUUGUAUGAUUCAGAUUGGCAUCCAAUCUCUGAGAUUACGCUGCUUCCUUUUAUUGAUGACAGGGAGAGCUGCUAUGGGAAAGGCAUACAUGAAUUCAAAGAUGAGCUGAAGAGAAUGGGUGUAGUGACUGAUUUCAAGGAAGGCUCACAAUUUGUUUUUUCUCAUAUCUUUUUACCUCAAAAUCCAAGUGAAAUUACUCCUGUAUGUGUCAUGUCAUUGCUCGAAUGCAUUAGAAGCUUCCGGAAAAGCCAAGAUCCCCUCCCAGAGGAUUUUUUGAAACAGAUUCACCAGACAAAGUGGUUGAAGACCACUGUUGGCUAUAUGUCCUCAAAAGAAUGCAUGCUAUUUGAUCCGAACAAAAAGUCUUCGUUGCAGCGAUGUGAUGGUCCUUUCAUUGAUGAAGAGUACUAUGGGGCAAAUAUUUUGUCCUAUAAAAGCGAGCUUGCUGAUAUUGGAGUUAUAGUUGAUCUGUCCAGCAAUGUUGCAAACUCACUGCUUGCAUUUCACAUCAAGUCCCUUCAUGAGUUUGCUAAGAUUGAGCGUAUCUAUGAAUUCCUGAGUGAAGCUGACUGGAAGCCAGAAAAAGACGCUCCUGUGCAAAUUUGGAUCCCGACAACUUCUGAUGAUGGUGUGUGGGUUGCUCCGGAGGAAUGUGUUUUGCAUGAUGAUAAUCAUCUGUUCAGCUCUAGGUUGCAUGUUUUGGAUCAGAAGAAUUACAAGCCGAAGCUGCUUACUUUCUUCUGUAAGGCCUUUGAUGUUAAAAACAGACCCUCAACUGAUGAUUACUGUAAGCUUUGGAUGGAAUGGGAGAAUUCGAGGCGUGUGAUAUCACACGAUGACUGUUGUGCCUUUUGGGUGCAUGUUAUUAGGCACUGGAACAAAGAUACUAAGAAAGUAUUUUCUAAAAGUGUGUCUAAAAUCCCUGCAGAUUCCUAUGGCUCGGGUGAUAUUCUGUUGCUUAAUAAGCAGGACAUUUUCCUCCCUAAUGAUCUCUUAUUGAAAGAUCUUUUUGAAAUGGCUUCUCCUUACUCUUUCUUUGUCUGGUGUCCUGCAAGAAACCAUCCCUCGAUUCCUCGAGCUUUACUUUUUGAUACGUACUCCAAGAUCGGGGUAAGGAAGAUAUCAGAUUCUGUUAAAAUAUCAGAGCUGUCUGCUGUGGAUCAUGGAGAACUGAUUGUGGCGAAAUUGAAGGAUGCUUUUAUUGUGAAGGGGCUUGUAAUGAUCAUUUUAGGAUUUCUCUCCGAUCCCUCACUGAAUAUAGAAACAAAACGGAGGCAUGAAGCUGUUAAAAAGCUCCUCAAUGUCAAAGUCUUUGUGAGUCCAAACCCCAUUACUAGAACCUACAGCUUAAUGAUGAGUUCAGGUAGUGAUGUCACAGCUAGCACGCGUCAAUUGGUGCGCUGGGAGAGAGAUACUUCUGAGUUUUUCGCCCAGAAACUCGACAGAUCAGGUGCUCGUAAGACUGUCGUAGAAUAUGCAACAAGGUUUUCUCAAGUGGUAUCUGAAGGGUUGCUUUGGGAUGAGGAGGAUAAAAUUCAUCCACUUUCCGAGCUCAUUAAGUUUGGAUUCUUGAUGGACUUUGAUGAGGAUGCUGUUACUUAUUUCAUGAAGUCGAAAAAUUUGCAGAUCUUUCCUGAGGAUGAAGAGUUCAUAUCCUCUGCUUUCCCUUCCCUGAUACAGUAACAUAGAAGAUCAAGUGUAAAUCAACCAGAAUGAAGAUUGCUGAUUCUGCUGUGAGCAUCAGGUGUACUUAUUAGAGGAUGGAACUUAAAGCAGCCUUGGUUUUCUUAUGUCCUCUACCUGUCUAUUUUGGUUCUUCGUGAAAAGGCAAACGUCUUACAAGAACUUCCUCGAGGGCAAAUAUAUAGUGGUGAACCUGAGUUUGACAGUCAGUCCGUUAAGGUCAGCAGAGUGUUCUUUGUUAGCAUUAUCGUGUUUGUAAAUGUGUUAUUAAAAGUUUCUAAGAACAGAGCUGCUAUACAAUAUCAAGUUGAUGUUUUUCUAGGCCAGCUGAUUUCUUUGCUGUGUAAGUUGUUAAAUAGUACAAGUAAUGAAACUUCAUGGCAGCUUUGUCAUCUUGCUGAGUUCAAA